AUGGUGAACGUGGCCCAUGCAAAGCUCUAUGAAAUCCUCGGGGUCCCUCCAGGCACCAGCGAGAACGAACUGAAGAAGGCUUAUAGAAAGUUGGCCAAGGAAUACCACCCUGAUAAUAAUCCAAAUGCUGGGGACAAAUUCAAAGUAAUAAGUUUUGCAUAUAAAGUUUUACCAAACCCUGAGAAACGGGAAUUAUAUGAUCGAUAUGGAGAGCAAGGCCUUCGAGAAGGUAGUGGUGGAGGCAGUGGCAUGGAUAUUUUUUCUCAUAUUUUUGGUGGAGGAUUGUUCAGUUUUAUGGGUAAUCAAAAUAGAAGUCGAAAUGGUAGAAGAAGAGGCGUGGACAUGAUGCAUCCUCUCAAGGUGUCUUUAGAAGAUCUUUAUAAUGGUAAGACCACCAAACUGCAACUUAGCAAAAAUGUUCUUUGUGGUGCAUGCAGUGGCCAAGGUGACAAGACAGGAGCUGUUCAGAAAUGUAGUGCCUGUCUGCGUCGAGGUGUACAGAUAAUGAUAAGACAGCUGGCUCCUGGGAUGGUACAGCAGAUGCAGUCUGUGUGCUCUGAUUGCAAUAGAGAAGGAGAAGCAAUUAAUGAGAAAGAUCAUUGUAAAAAAUGUGACGGAAAAAAGGUGAUAAAAGAAAUGAAAAUUCUUGAUGUCCAUGUAGAUAAAGGCAUGAAACAUGGACAGAGAAUUACAUUUACUGGAGAAGCAGACCAGGCCCCAGGAGUGAAACCAGGAGACACUGUUAUUUUGCUACAAGAAAUGACACGCAAAAUAGGACUUGUUGAAGCACUAUGUAGAUUUCAGUUCACAUUUAAGCACCUAGAUGCCUGUCAAAGUGUGGUGAAAUAUCCACCUGGCAAAGUAAUUGAACCAGGCUGUAUCAGUGUAGUUCGAGGAGAAGGAAUGCCACAAUAUCGUAAUCCCUUUGAAAAAGGUGAUCUUUACAUAAAGUUUGAUGUACAAUUUCCUGAAAACAACUGGAUUAAGCCAGAGAAACUUUCUGAACUUGAAGACCUCCUUCCAGCUAGACUGGAAGUUCCUAGUGUGAUUGGUGACACAAAAGACGUAGAUCUUCAGGAGUUUGAUAGCAUUCCAGGCUCUUCAGGUGGUCAGAGGAGGGAGGCUUAUAAUGACAGCUCUGAUGAGGAAAGUAGCCAUCAUGGACCUGGAGUAUAGUGUGCCCACCAGUAA